AUGGCGAUGCAAGCAAAGACGGUGGAGCUAAAAGGUACCAAGAGCUACAACAAAAGCGGACGCAAUGCCAAGAAGCGCUCAGCCAGCAAUGCUGAGGAUGGUAAGAAGUCGUUUAUGGACCAGAAACUAGCUAAGAAGCAACGCAAAAUGCAGCGCCCGCACUACGAGAUGGUUACGCGUGCCAAGCAAAUUUGGAACGUCAUUCGCGAGCGCGAUGUGGAAAAGAACAAGCGUGCAAAGCUUGUGGAUGAGCUGUAUAAUUUAGUCAAAGGAAAGAUCUAUGACGUAGCAGCCAAGCAUGAUGCGUCGCGGGUCAUCCAGUCGCUCAUGCAGCACGGCAAACCUGAGCACCGCUCGCAGAUCGUGUUGGAGAUGAAAGAACAUUUGAUUGAUUUGGCCAAAAUGCAAUACGGUUGCUUUCUCGUGCAAAAAAUGAUCCGCUAUGGAAGCUUGGCGGACCGUGCGGCCAUUGUCAAGUGCCUCACGGGCCACGUGGUUCAAGUUGGCACGCACAAUAUUGCCGCCAAUGUGCUCGAAUAUUCACAGGAAUAUCUCCAGCCAUCACAGCUAACAGCGCUCAAGCUGGAGUUUUACGGUCGUGAGUUUGCCUACUUUCGCUCGGAAAGCAAACGCAACCUAGCGGACAUUAUUGCCACGCAUCCAGAAAAAAAGGCAGAUGUGCUCAAACAUCUCAGCAGCAUCUUGAGUCGCAUGAUCGACAAGCAGCUUCUUGGUUUGGCUUUCGUGCAGUCUCUUUUAUGGGAGUACAUAAGCAAUGCGGAGCACGACGACGUCAUGCAGAUGGUGGCCAAUGUUCGUGAUGCUUCGCUGGCGCUGCUUGCCACGCGCAACGGUGCUCGUGUGGUCAACAAGUGUAUUUCACUGGGUACGGCCAAAGACCGUAAGCGUAUUAUUAAGACGCUUAAGGACAAGGUGCUAGAGGCAUGCAACCACCCGAGUGGUUACCUCGUGAUCAUGCGCAUCUUGGAUGUGGUUGACGACUCUGUUCUUGUGCAAAAAUCUGUUCUGGCAGAGCUGAACAAUGAACUCUUUUCGAUUGCUACGCACCCAAGCGGACGAAAGGUUUUGUUGCAGCUAUUGAGCCCGUUGAACAAGAAGUACUUGUCUGCGGAUGAUCUUGUUCUACUCGAGCCACCCAUGCUGCCAUUACUGGAAGAUCCGACCGUCAUGGUGGUGAACUACAAGAAGGACCCGGACGCUCGUCGUGAAGAGUUGCUGAAGGGUUUGUUGCCAAAGCUCGAGGAGAUGAGCGUUCAGAAUGCAGCUGCCCUGAUGCGUUCGAAGGAGGGUCGUGACGUGAUUGUCGAGGUUGCUAAACGCAGUGAGAGCACGGAGCUAAGCGAUAGCGUGGCUGACGCUGUUUUUGCGGCGCCCAGCGUGGAGGAGACAGAGCCUCUUUACACUGACGCCAACGGUCACUUUGCUUUGCGUCGCUUGAUCAAAGAAACCUCGAUGGCAAGGUCUUUGCUUACAGCCGUCGAAGAACAGCUACCGCAGUGGGCAACGAGUAACCGUGGCUCUUUUGUAGUUCUAGCAUUCCUGGAGGCUCAACACGCCCCCAAGAAUGCUGUUGAGGUGGUGAAAAAGGCACUCAAGUCUUCAAUGGGAGACUUGAAAAAGCUAGUGGACACGCAGCAAGGCACUAAAUUACUUCUUGAGAAACUUCAAUAG